AUGGCAAACACUGGAAAGAAAACCAAGGGAAAACAAAAGAUUGAGAUUAAAAUGAUUGAAAAUCAGGAUGAUCGGUUGAUCACAUUCUCGAAACGUCGAUCAGGAAUCUAUAAAAAAAUUGGUGAGCUUUCCACUUUAUGUGGUACUGAGAUUCUUUUUAUCAUUUUUUCACCCGCAGGAAAACCUUUUACAUUUGGUCACCCCUCUAUCGAAUUUAUUGCUAACCGCUUUUUGAACGGAAACAUACCUGUGAUUGACGACAUGCAUGCUCUUAUUGAGGAUCACCGUACGGUAAGAAUCAAUAAGCUAAUCCAACUUUACAAUGAGGUGCAGAGCCAAAUAGACGCAUCCAAUGAGACACAAAGGGUGCUUGCUCAACAAAUCACAAGUGGGGGAGAUUCUAAUCGUUGGUGGGAAACUCCCCUUGACCAACUUAACCCAAGAGAGCUCUACGAGCGAUACUCCCAUUUCUCGAAGCUUCUCGACUUGUUCUAUAUCUCUCGGAGCAAGAAGAUUGCAACCGCUUCUUCAACGGUUGCUCCAACGGGUCCUGCUGAGGAUGCCCCUACUAACUUUCCUCUUAGUUAA